GUAAAUCCAGGAAGUGACGUUCACAGAGAGUCUCUAACUGUGUUCAUGUACAUUUUUCUGUUCCGGCAUAUCACGAUCUCGGAUCCCGACAAGAACUUUGAAGACCAAUGUGGGAUUCGGGACAGUUAUAGCAUCAAGAGGGGGUUGUCCAAACUGAGAAAUCAUGCCGCCCUUGUCGCUGUCCCUAACGAAUCUUUUUAGAUACAAAAAUAAGGAUAGUUUACAAAGGCUGGCAACAUCGUGCAGUGCCUUACACACAGGCACUGGAAUACGGUCACUUAUUAGCAAUCGAUCCUCAAAUAAGGCUCAAUUUCUAGAGGCGACAUUUGAUCCGGUGUCCCUGGCGCGGACUGCCGGGCGAGUAUGGGGACGUCGGUCAACACCAAACAUGUGCUACAGCUCCACUAGCAGCGAGGAUAGAACGAACUGGUUGUGGUCAAUAUACAACGAAACUAAAACGCAGGCAGAAGCAUUGGUCCCUGUUAUAUUAAAAAAAUCAGUGAAUCCUGACACAAUAUUUGCCAACAAUGAAAUGAGCCUACAAGACACUGAAAUCUAUGGCUUUGACUAUGACUACACCUUGGCAUUUUACUCCAGUCACCUUCAUACGCUCAUUUUCAACAUUGCACGUGAUAUCCUCAUAGAACAACACAGAUAUCCCGAAGGACUACGGGAAUAUGAGUACAUUCCUAAUUUUGUGGUGAGAGGACUUCACUAUGAUGUGCAGAAGGCUUUACUUAUGAAGAUAGAUGCAUUUCAUUACAUCCAGUUGGGAACGGUAUACAGGGGCCUUAAUCCAGUGCCAGAUAAGGAAGUUAUAGCAAUGUAUGAAGGUUGCCAUGUGCCUCUGGAAAACAUGAGUGAUUUCUAUGGCAAGAGCUCUCAUGGCCAUACCAUGAAACAGUUCAUGGACAUUUUCUCCCUUCCAGAAAUGAAUCUUCUUUGUUGUGUUAAUGAUUACUUCAUGAAACAUAACAUUGACUACGAACCAGUCCAUCUAUACAAAGAUGUGAAGGAGGCGAUAGGAGAUGUCCAUGUGAAGGGUAUAAUGUAUCGAGCAGUUGAGGCAGAUAUUGAGAAGUAUAUUUGUUAUGGUGAGCAGACCCAUGCUGUUUUGAGGAAACUGUAUGAAACUGGGAAGAAAAUGUUCCUGAUCACCAAUAGUCCAUUUGACUUUGUUGAUCGAGGGAUGAACUACAUAGUGGGGAAGGACUGGAGGGAUCUCUUUGAAGUUGUCAUUGUGCAGGCUGACAAGCCUGGCUUCUUCAACGACAGGAGAAAACCAUUUAGACGUGUUACUGAUAAAGGAGUGCUGCUGUGGGAUAGGAUUCAUCGCCUGGAGAAGGGACAGAUUUAUAAACAGGGAAAUCUGUAUGAGUUCCUAAGACUCACAGGUUGGAGGGGCUCUAAGGUGCUGUAUUUUGGCGACCACAUCUAUAGUGACCUGGCGGACCUGACAUUGAAACACGGCUGGAGGACGGGCGCCAUCAUCCCAGAGCUGCGGAAGGAGAUCAAGAUAAUGAACACGGAGGAGUACGUCCACACCAUGACCUGGCUCCAGUGUCUGACAGGAUUGGUGGAGCGUAUGCAGGUGUGCAGAGAUCCAGCGUCUCAAGCAGUAGUUGAGCAAUGGAUCAAGGAGAGAGAGGACAUAAAGUCACGAACCAAGGACAUUUUCAAUGGCCAGUUUGGGAGCCUCUUCCGCACUUACCACAACCCCACCUAUUUCUCCCGACGCCUCUCUCGCUUUGCGGACAUCUACAUGGCCUCCAUCAGCUGCCUCCUCAACUAUGACCUGCAGCACACCUUCUUCCCCAGACGCACUCCACUGCAGCAUGAGUCCCCCCUCUGGCCAGAGCAGGGUAGUGCAGGCGUUGGGAGCACGUUCCCCCCAUCAUAAAGAUCAAACAAGGACUCUGAGCAGAGCUCUUACGCACUAAGCCCAGAUUGGUGUAUUCUCGCUUUUCUGUUAGGUAUGUUACAGUUAGAGAAGAAGCACUCCAAGGGAACUAAGCUAAAGGGAACGCCCUUGUUUUUAAAUGAUAUUUAGCGAAAAGCCCAGAAUAUUGGCUUUUCAUAGUAUAGUAUAGUCAUAUAGUAUAGUAUUUAUCAUGAUAUUUUUAAGCCUGUGGUUUUCUUUAGGUCAAUCUGUAUUCAUCAUUUAGCAGGUUUCAUUGGAUCAUGUUGAGUUCUACACCGGCCUUUUAGAAAUAACAGAUACAAUUGACAUUUUAGAUGCGUGUAAAAAAUCAGUACACAUUUAAUUGGUCAGUUAUGCUAUAUGACUGGAUCUUACAUUCAACUUCAUAUAUUCAUGGUUUUUCGUGCUUGUUUAUAUCAGGCAAAAAUGUAUCUAAUUCAGAAUGGGAACACAGGACCAAGUUGUAGGCAACACACGUCUUUGUCUCUGUGAUGCCUGUAUUUGGAAAUGAGGGAAUACUUGAGAUCCUGCAAAGCCACUCCCAUCUCUAUGCUCUUUCUCUCAGUCGCACUGCUCGAGUUUAAGCAGCCUGUAGUGGAAGAUGCUGAAUACUGGAUCACUCCUGAUUGUGACUGUACAAGCCAUUCAUUUUUUUUCUGUAAAUGCCUUAUGGUCUCACAUAAAUCCCGCACUCAAUGUAUGUUUAGCAAUAUAGCAACCUAUACUGCUGGAAUGAAAUGGUAGGCUCUUCAGCAUGGAGCAUUUGCUUCAGUAUCUUCCAUCACUGAAUCACAGAUAAAUAUAAUGACAUUAUAAUAUGAUGCAGCUGCACCCUCACCUUAUACACAAGUAAGGCCAACUACCUAUUUUUUAUAUAAUAGCUUUAUUUCCAUAGAACUGGAGUGGUGUGAAAGAUUGUGUAUGGUUGAGGCAAGUGUUUCUAUGAAAGGGAUACACUUUUCCUUUUUUAUGAAUGCGUAAACGUCAAUGUGCUAUGUAAUGCCAGAGAUGUGUGUAGUUGAUGUAGAGACGUAUGCAGAGAUGUGAGUAGUUAUGGUUUGAUAUGCUGUUCCAAUUUGUUGGAGGAUGACUUAGAGCAGCUUUGUAAAUACAUGGAGAUCUCAUGUAUAUUUUGCUGUUUUGAAACCUAAUGUGAGGUACUGUAAAAACAUAUUAUAUUUAUCUUGCACAUGUAUUAACCAAAUCCUCAGUAAACAAUAUAUAAGAUUAGACGACAUCAUAAUUCAUGGUGUAAGAGUCAUCUUUUGUUGUGACUAGGAAGGGAGCUCUCAGGAUAUAAGGAUAUUUGCUGUCCAGCAAAUUAAUUGUUUUUGCCAGCUGUUUUUAGGGGAAUUUUCUUUCAAAACUGAAUGAAUAAUGACUUCUGGUCUGUAUUUUACAGUUCUUCAGAUUGUAACUUGUCCUUCAUUGUAUAUUAAAACUGGUUUGGUUCUUAGUUAGAAAUGUAAAACAGCUGUGUUGUUUUUGCUGCUCACUUACAUUUUAAAUAUAUCACUAUUCACACGAA